ACAUCCUCAUCCUCAACUUCAUCACCUCGACACAGGUCCUCGCUCACUCAGGUACACUGUGUCGAGUGGUGAUUUCAACGUAUCCUUUGUAACCGAUGGUCGUGAAGUACGGAGUGGAUUCAAUGCAAUAUACGCAAAACUACCAGUCAGCUGUAACCGGACGUACACAACAGACGAGGGCAUCAUAGAGAGCACCCCAGGGGAUGGCUCCUACUACCCCAACAACGCCUACUGUACGUACACUGUACAGGGCAACUCCACCCGGCAGACUCUGCAGUUCACCGUACAGACCUUCUCCCUCGAGUAUCACUCCAGCUGCUACUACGACUCGUUACAGUUGGGUUCGACCUCCAGCAGGAAGUACUGCGGAUCAUCUCUGUCCACCGGCAGGGUUCUCACAUAUACGUUCACAAACACCUUCACCUUGUACUUCAAGACAGAUGGCAGCGUUACCAGGAGAGGAUUUGUUAUCACCUACAGAAGGUUGCCGUAUGUUCCCCCCAACCACCACAACCAUGGCAACAACUACAACAACAACGAGGCCGCCAAUACCCAACUGUAAUGCGACGUUCACCGCAGCCAGCGGCCAGCUUCGUAGUCCAAACUCCCCCCACAACUACCCCAACAACGUCUACUGCCGCUACACGUUUGUGGGAAGCGGACAGACCCAGUCUAUAAGUCUGGACUUCACCAGCUUUGCUGUGGAAAACCACGCUAGCUGCAGAUGGGACUGGGUCAUCAUCAACGGUGGGAACAAGAGAUGUGGCUUCACGGAAUUCACCAGGACCUAUACCUUUGUUGGGAACUUUACGGUUGAAUUCCGAACAGAUGGAAGUGUCACCUCCGAUGGUUUUGUAGCUAACUACGUUGUCAGUGACGCUCCAAACGCUACAACGCCCGCUCCCAGCAGUACAGCGACAUGCACGGCAACCUUGUCGUCAUCAUCUGGCACCAUCAUGAGUCCCCCAGGUGGCGGCAGCAACUACUUGGACAACACCCGGUGCUACUACACGUUCACAGCGACAUCCUACCCGAGAACCAUUACCUUCACCUUCACAACCUUCCAGCUCGAAAGUCAUUCCACCUGCAGAUAUGACUACGUCCAGUUUAACAGCGGCAUCAAGAAAUGUGGAACGAUCUCCAAUCUCGUGUAUACUGACACUAUGUAUAGCCAGUACCGUGUCACCUUCUACACUGACGGAUCUGUGACUCGCCGUGGCUUCGUAGCCACCUACCAGAUCAGCGAUGUCAUUAAUGCAGCAAGCACCAUCCCUCCCAGCACGGUUCCAUCAAACAACGGCAUCUGUGGCACUACCUUGACGUCUUCCACGGGUCGCAUCUACUACCCAGCCACCGCCACCUACAACAACAACGUCCGAUGCCAGGUGACCAUCAGACCUGGGGCUGGACAGACGUUCAACGUCACCUUCACAGACUUCGACAUCGAGAAUCAGUCCUCCUGCAGCUACGACUCUCUAGUAUUCCGGGUGAACGGAGUCGACUCUAACAAGUACUGUGGUCGCAACAGAGCUGGACUCACUCUAAACUUCCCCUACACCAGUGGUGACAUCGUGGUUGACUUCAGAACUGAUGGCAGCGUCACUGGGAGAGGCUUUGACCUCAACUUUCAAGUGGCCUAGG